AGAUUGCAGUUAUAGAAGAUAGACACCCAGGAGAUUUUGCCUUUCGCCAUGGCUCAGUUUGGAGGACAGAAGAAUCCCCCUUGGGCUACUCAGUUUACAGCCACUGCAGUAUCUCAGCCAGCUGCUCUUGGUGUACAGCAGCCAUCGCUGCUUGGAGCCUCUCCUACAAUAUACACCCAGCAGACGGCAUUGGCAGCAGCAGGCCUAACUACACAAACACCAACGAACUAUCAGCUCACUCAGACAGCUGCUUUACAGCAGCAGGCUGCAGCUGCAGCAGCUGCAUUACAGCAGCAAUAUUCACAACCUCAGCAGACUCUCUAUAGUGUACAGCAACAGUUGCAGCAACCUCAGCAGACCCUUUUAACUCAGCCAGCGGUUGCACUGCCUACCAGUCUUAGCCUCUCUACUCCUCAACCGGCAGCCCAGAUAACUGUUUCUUAUCCAGCACCCCGGUCAAGUCAACAGCAAACCCAGCCACAAAAGCAGCGUGUCUUCACUGGGGUGGUUACUAAACUACAUGAUACAUUUGGUUUUGUGGAUGAAGAUGUCUUUUUUCAACUUAGUGCUGUUAAAGGAAAGACACCUCAGGUGGGUGACCGAGUUUUGGUAGAAGCUACUUACAAUCCUAAUAUGCCAUUCAAAUGGAAUGCACAAAGGAUCCAGACACUUCCAAAUCAGAACCAGACACAAGCUCAGCCAUUACUGAAGACACCUCCGGCAGUUCUUCAGCCCAUUGCACAGCAGACUGCAUUCAGCGUUCAGGCACAGCCGCAGCCACAGUCCUUGUUGCAGGCACAGAUAUCAGCAGCUUCAAUUACACCUUUGCUUCAGACACAACCUCAGCCAUUACUGCAGCAGCCACAGCAAAAAGGUGGUUUGUUACAGCCCCCUGUUCGUCUAGUUUCACAGCCUCAACCAGCUCGAAGAUUAGACCCACCAUCCAGAUUUUCUGGGAGGAAUGACAGAGGAGGAGACCCUAUGCCAAACCGAAAAGAUGACAGGAGUCGUGAGAGAGAACGAGAGAGACGUAGGUCCAGAGAAAGAUCACCCCAGAGAAAACGCUCCAGAGAGAGAUCACCUAGACGAGAGAGGGAGAGGUCACCUCGAAGACCGCGACGUGUUGUUCCUCGUUACACGGUUCAGUUUUCCAAGUUUUCAUUGGACUGCCGUAGCUGUGAUAUGAUGGAGCUGAGGCGGCGUUACCAGAACUUGUAUAUUCCAAGCGAUUUCUUUGAUGCUCAGUUUACAUGGGUGGAUGCUUUUCCUAUGUCUAGACCAUUUCAGCUGGGAAACUACUGUAAUUUCUACGUAAUGCAUAGAGAAGUAGAUCCUAUAGAUAAAAAUGCUGCUGUCCUUGAUCCGCCUGAUGCUGAUCAUCUGUACAGUGCAAAGGUGAUGUUGAUGGCUAGUCCUAGUAUGGAAGAUCUCUAUCACAAGUCAUGUGCUCUGGCUGAAGAUCCCCAAGAACUUCGUGAUGGAUUUCAGCAUCCUGCUAGACUUGUAAAGUUUUUAGUGGGUAUGAAAGGCAAAGAUGAAGCUAUGGCUAUUGGAGGACACUGGUCCCCAUCACUGGAUGGACCUGAUCCAGAAAAGGACCCUUCCGUGCUGAUAAAGACGGCUAUUCGCUGUUGCAAGGCUCUUACAGGGAUUGACUUAAGUGUGUGCACACAAUGGUACCGUUUUGCAGAGAUUCGCUACCAUCGCCCUGAGGAGACCCACAAGGGGCGUACAGUUCCAGCUCAUGUGGAGACAGUGGUUUUAUUUUUCCCGGAUGUUUGGCAUUGCCUUCCCACCCGCUCAGAGUGGGAAACCCUCUCCCGAGGAUACAAGCAGCAGCUGGUCGAGAAGCUUCAGGGUGAACGCAAGGAGGCUGAUGGAGAACAGGACGAAGAGGAAAAGGAUGAUGGGGAAGCUAAAGAGAUCUCUACACCUACGCACUGGUCUAAACUGGAUCCAAAAACAAUGAAGGUAAAUGACCUUCGCAAAGAAUUAGAAAGUCGAACCCUUAGCUCUAAAGGACUGAAAUCUCAGUUGAUAGCUCGACUGACAAAGCAGCUGAAAGUAGAGGAACAAAAAGAAGAGCAAAAGGAGCUAGAGAAGUCUGAGAAAGAAGAGGAAGAGGAGGAGGAUAGGAAAUCUGAAGAUGACAAAGAGGAAGAGGAAAGAAAACGUCAAGAAGAAAUGGAACGUCAGCGGCGGGAGAGACGAUAUAUCUUACCUGAUGAACCAGCAAUCAUUGUACAUCCUAAUUGGGCAGCAAAGAGUGGGAAGUUUGACUGUAGCAUUAUGUCUCUUAGUGUUCUUCUGGACUAUAGAUUAGAAGAUAAUAAAGAACAUUCCUUUGAGGUAUCAUUGUUUGCAGAACUCUUCAAUGAAAUGCUUCAGAGAGAUUUUGGUGUCAGAAUUUACAAAGCACUGAUUUCUCUCCCAGAGAGGGAGGACAAAAAAGACAAAAAAAGCAAAAAAGAUGAGAGAAAAGAAAAAAAGGAAGAAAAAGAUGAUGAAACAGAUGAUCCGAAACCUAAGAGGAGAAAAUCUGGAGAUGAUAAAGACAAAAAAGAAGAUAGAGACGAAAAGAAGAGGGAAGAUAAAAGGAAAGAUGAUUCUAAAGAUGAAGAAGAAACUGAAGAUGACAAUAAUCAAGAAGAAUAUGAUCCAAUGGAGGCAGAAGAUGCUGAAGACGAAGAUGAAGAAUGCAGACCACUCGCAACUCCCAUUGAAGUCAGUAGGAGAUACCGGGAUGAAGAGGAAAUGAACAAACGAGAGGACAGAAGAGAGGGAAAUAGGCAUUGUAAAGAGAGGUCGUCUAAAGAUAAAGAGAAAGACAAGACGCAGAUGGUAACUGUUAAUAGGGAUCUUCUGAUGGCCUUUGUUUAUUUUGAUCAAAGUCAUUGUGGAUAUCUUCUGGAGAAAGACAUGGAGGAGAUACUAUACACUCUUGGACUACACCUGUCACGUGCUCAGGUCAAGAAGCUACUUAAUAAAGUAGUGCUUAGAGAAUCUUGCUUUUACAGAAGACUAACAGAUACUUCUAAAGAUGAAGAAAACCAAGAAGAGUCUGAAGAGCUACAGGAAGAUAUGUUAGGAAACAGAUUACUGUUACCAUCACCUACUAUAAAGCAAGAAUCAAAAGCCAUAGAAGAAAAUGUUGGCCUCAUUGUGUACAAUGGAGCUAUGGUGGAUGUUGGGAGCCUUUUACAGAAGCUGGAGAAGAGUGAAAGAGUGCGGGCAGAGAUAGAACAAAAGCUUCAGUUACUAGAAGAAAAAACAGAUGAGGAUGAAAAGACCAUACUACAACUGGAGAAUUCUAACAAAAGUCUGUCUACAGAGCUUAAAGAAGUGAAAAAGGACCUUGGCCAACUGCAAGAAAAUUUGAAGAUCUCGGAUGAUAAAAAUUUGCAAUUUGAGGGUCAGCUGAAUAAGACAAUCAAAAAUUUAGCUACUGUUAUGGAUGAAAUACAGAGUGUUCUUAAACAGGAUAUUGUGAAGAACGAAGAUAAAGAUCAGAAAUCCAAAGAAAAUGGAGCAAACGUAUGAUAAAACUGCUGCUGUUUAGAAGAAUAAUGUUACAUAAUGUAAUAUAAAUCAUGAUACCAGAAUGUAUGGGAAGUGAUGCAUGUUUGAUUUUAGUAGUAUAAAUAUCUUAGUUCCAAAAGAUGUAUAAAGUUUUAUGAAUGUGAGUGUCUGCUUCUGAAGAUUGCUUGUAAUUCUUAGCAUUCAAUUUGAGACACUCCUUGAGUGAAAAUAAUUUUGCAUUGCAAAAUGUUUUAGGAUGAACUUUGUUAUAGUUUUAACCCUAAUAAAGUUCAUCAACGUAA